CGGGCUCGAAAAGCCUUGUUUUAGUUGUUUGUUGUUUUUUGAAAAUUGGUGGUUUGAAUUUUUUGUUUGUAAAUAUUAAUUAAUGAUAAUUUAUUCUAUUAAUUUACGCCUACGGAUAUGGGUAUUAAGGGAUUGUGGACCGUGUUAACACCUUACAGUGAGAAGAAGUCGUUACAUGAGAUACGUGGUGAAACUAUAGCAGUAGAUCUAUCAGGAUGGGUAUGCGACAGUCAAAAUGUUACAGAUUAUUAUGUACAACCAAAAUUAUACCUCAGAAAUCUUUUCUUCAGAACAAUCUACCUGUUAUUAGCAGAUAUAAAUCCGAUUUUCGUGCUUGAAGGUGAUGCUCCUGACUUGAAACGCGAUGUAAUGGCCGCUCGGAAUGCCAUUCAGUUCCGAGGUGCAGCACCUCGGUCUGAUGCUGCUGUUAAAAAUAAACGGCCAGAUGUGGGAAGGAAAAGGUUCAAAAAUGUUCUCAAAGAAUGUGAAUCGCUGCUGAAAUGCAUGGGUGUACAAUGUAUAAAAGGAAGAGGAGAGGCUGAAGCUACUUGUGCCCAGCUGAAUGCCCAAGGUCUAGUGGACGCAGUGAUAUCGCAAGACUCGGAUUGCUUCGCGUAUGGCGCGCGGCGCGUGUACCGCAACUUUAGCGUGUCUAGCGCGGCGGGCGGCGGCGCCAUGCAAGGUUCCGUGGACUGCUAUGACGCUGACAAGAUGUUGAGGGCUAACCGAUUUGGCCGCAAUAAAAUGGUGGCGCUAGCUAUGCUCUGUGGGUGCGACUACGGCGUAGGCGCAUGUGGAUCCUCGAUAAAUACUGCCGUUGCAUUUAUUCACACUGUCGACGAAACAGACAUUAUUCCUAGGUUAAUAUCCUGGGUGAGUGACCCUGACCGCUACGAGGAGCUGUCCCGCUGGGCGUCCGCGCCGGGCCGCUGCGACCGCUGCGGGCACGUGGGACGCACGCACCUCAAGAAUGGCUGUCCCGUUUGUGGCACCAACAAGGGGUGCAGUGACUUGGGACAUAAAGCAAAAGUAGCAGAAGUGAAGCGAGAGUUAUCGCUCCGCUCCCGCGCAGUUUCCUGCGGUAUGCCGUUCCCGGAACCAAAGGUUAUGAAGGAGUUCCUCAACAAUGUCCCGGAACAAAUAGACGUUGAACGCACGAAGGCCACGCCUCCUAGUUUGAUACAAUUUAUGAAACUUAUGUCAAACAAACUAGAAUGGUCGGAGAAAUAUUGCGUUGAAAAAUUUCUACCUUUGCUCACCAAGUGGCAUCUUCAAGAAAAUGUACCUCGCAGAACAAUUAAACCUAUGGUUAUAAAAAAGAAAAGACACCCUAGAGGUGUCCCCAGCUAUGAAGUUAUUUGGGAGGAUAUAGAUGGCCUGUAUGAAGGCAUAAUACCAGAUGACCAGUUUGAUGAGGAUGCGGACCCACAGUCAGUAUGGACAACAAUAGAAAGGCAGGACCUUAUGCGCCAGUACUAUCCAGAACUCGUAGAAGCAUAUGAAGAGUCUAUCAAGAAACCACCAAAAGAAAAGAAGACACGAGCAAAAAAGAAGAAAGACGACAAUCAACCCGAAAAACCAAAGAGAAAAUACACAAAAAAGACUAAAAAAGUUAUCGAUACUGAUGUGGCCAAUCUUAGCGGUUCGUUCAGAAAUAUCGACUUAUCGACAAAAGCGUGUGAUCUCAACUCUAGCAAAGCCAACUUGAGCGUGUCGGUAAAUAGACUGAAAAGAAAACUGAAGACAAACUCAAAGAAGAAACAAAAGACAAUCGAGAGUUUUAUAGCCAAGAAACGCAAAAAGUCCAUAGGAAGUACAGUGAAUUCGUUGAGAUGUAGUCUUAAAAAUAUGUCAAUUAAGGACGCACCCGAGGACAUGUAUCGUGAAUUUUUGAAAGCAGAUUCAUUUCAGUGUGAAAAGAACCCCAUAAAAUGCGAUGAUAAAGAAAAUCAUCUGCUCAGUAUGUUAGACGCUACUAUAGACGAUGAUGACAAUGAAAAUGAUUUAUCCGAUAUCAUAGACAAUAUUGUCUCUAGAACAUCACACGCUAAAACUGCCAAAGUAAACAAUAAUUUGGUAAGACUUGUUUUCCACAAUAAGUUUUCAACACCUCGAAAAUCAGUGUUGCGGAAAAGUGUAUUGAAUGAAAUUCAUAAUAAUUGUUCUACGCCAAACGGUAGCCCGAUUAGAAGAAACAGCUUUAAUUUUAAACAUAGCCUAAACAAUUCGCGACAAAGUAAAGUCAAUACAAGUUACUUUUUUGACAAAUUAACAGAAGAUCGUGAUGCUUUUGAAAUGUCCGUAGAAUAUAACAAAAGCGUUGUUUCAAUUAAAGACUGUGAUACAACCGUUGACUAUAGUUUACCUGAUGUUUGUUUAUAAAAUCGUGAUGUAUUAACAAAAUUCGUAAUAAAGUCGUAUAUUUUA